AUGAACAAACAUCCCAUUGCAUAUCCGGCAAUCCGCAACUGGCACGAUUGCUGGAAUCACUACACGCCUGAUGAACGUACCUGGGUGAAAACAAUGUUUUGCAGUGAUUGUCCCCAUAUCAAAGGAGAUUUGUAUCGGUACAACGAGUGUGCUCAACAUAACUAUCCUGAUUAUCACAAACGGAUACCCCUUUGUCGCCAACACUACCGCCGGAACCCAAAUCACGGCCACAAACAGUGUUUCCAGGAAUUCGGACAAUUGAUGGGCAAAUUUACCGGCGGUUACGACAGGUUUAACUCGUGCUUUCGUAAACACGUUCGCCGUGAUAAUAUUGCUAAAUGUACUCGCUACGUUUACGAAUGAGCAUUUAUUACGUGAUUUAAAAUUGUG